AUGGAGAACAGCGCGCGCAAAGAUAAGCAAGAGGUGUUCGUCGAAGGGGAGCGAGGGGUACCUGCCCAGUUUGGCCAUGAAGGAGCCCCAGCCACUCUCAAAACCGAAGCUUCCAACUCAGAGUUUGCCUUCAACCCGUGCGAGUGCCCCAAAGAGAGCUACCCGCCCUCCUCACUCGCCUACUCCGGUAGUUUCUAUGUGGAGGCAUCUCAGGGGGCCCCGUGCAGCACAGAGACCCUGCUCAACAUGAUCACAGAGAUAGUGGGCAUCUCCACCAUGCCGCUCACAGAGACGCAGCACAGCGCCGGCAGCACCGUGGAUAGCAGCAGCGCCACUUUUGGGGAUCUGAGCGCCAAAAGGCACGCUUUCAGCUGCUCUCCCCCCACGUACACGCCCGACCAGACUUAUGCAGAGGAAAAGAAGUCCGAGCCGAAGUCCGAGGCAGCGUCCUUUCCUGUGGUGGUCAAGAACGAGUUCGAGAGCAGCUGUUAUGAAUGGGGCUUCAGCAGUAAAUCUGAUUGUCUUGAGAGCACCUUCCAGACCGAGACCUUUCCUAUGUCCAGUGACUUCCCGCCGGAGCAGCACGUUGACGUAAAAGAACUUUUGGACACGUUCCCUUCCAUGUGCCCUAACCCUGACAUGGAGUUCAAAGUGGAGGGAGGGAUAAAGCAGGAGCCCUGCUUCAAUGACACCUGCUCCAGCUACUCGAGCCCCCUGUACAACAGCUACCUGCCCCCGAUGGGCCUGUCCUCCAGCCAGCCUCAGUCAGAACCCCUCUACUCACCUCCCACGCUGCCAUCAACUAUUGACUCUAUCCUCUACUCUUCCCUGUUGCCAGAUUCUUUUGCCCAAAGUUACAGCUCACGCACAACCAAGACCCCCCGUGCGAGAAAGGCCCCUUCCACGUCCCACGGCCCAGCCAAAGAGAAACCCUUUACGUGCCCGAUGGAAAGUUGUGACCGGCGCUUUUCGCGCUCGGACGAGCUGAACCGCCAUAUCCGCAUCCACACCGGGCACAAGCCAUUCCAAUGCCGCAUUUGCCUGCGCAGCUUCAGCCGAAGUGACCACCUCACAACCCACACCAGGACUCACACAGGGGAGAAGCCAUUCUCCUGCGACGUCUGCGGGAAACGCUUUGCGCGCAGUGACGAAAGGAAACGGCACGGACGCGUCCACCUCAAACAAAAAGAGAAAAUGGAAAUAAAGCCACAGGUUUCGACAGGCGCAUGGCCUUUUGCUCUUCCCGAAGGCAUCUGA